UAUUUGAUUAAACCUUGUUGCAGUUAUGUGUUACAUUGAGGAGAUCGAUGGACCAGCCAAUGCCGAGAAAUACUGCGACAAAGACAAGACAAACUUCCCUUGUGCAGAAGGAAAGGGCUAUUAUGGCCGUGGUCCUAUCCAACUAACUGGGAACCUCAACUACGGUCUCUGUGGCAGAGAGCUGAAUGAGAACUUAUUGGCUUCACCAGAGAAAGUGGCUCAAGAUCCAGUUCUUGCUUUCAAGACCGCUUUCUGGUUUUGGACCACUAAUGUUCGCCAGAAUUUUAAUCAGGGUUUUGGCGCGACGAUCAGGGCUGUCAAUGGUAUAGAGUGUAGCGGAGGAAAUUCUGCAACUGUUGCCAAAAGGAUUGAGUAUUACCGAGACUAUUGUGGCAAGCUUGGGGUUGAACCUGGAGAGAACCUCUCUUGUUAAUUAAAGAUUUUUCCACUUUAUCCAUCUGAAAUAAACAACGUUCGAACUUUAAGAAUAAGAUAUCACAUCAGAGGAAAUAUAUCAUAUAAUACUAAUGUUCUUUUAUCGGAUGUCACCGAAGGGACAUAAUACUAAGUAAUGCUGUAUUAAGAAUGUAACGAAAAUGAAAUAUUAUAUAAAUGUCUGUUACUCUGUUGA